UAGUAUUAAAGUGUUAGCAGAAUAAUGCGGUUAUGUCAUUUAGUGGUAAUUGCUGUGUUGUUAGUGAUAGUCUGUGCAAACAAAACAGACCAUUGUCCCAAUGUGAAAACAUCACUCGAUUCUAUUAGGAAGAGGCGGCAUCUUACGUUUCCAGAUGGAAGUAAUUUUGUGAUGACCAUAUCAUUGGUGAAGGCAUUCAUGACCCACGCACCUGCUGGAUGGAACAUCGCUCUAGAGAUAGACGUCCUCUUCCCAUUACCAGAUGCGAAAUUCACAAAAACUUACUUCAGAAGAAAGUUACACCACAAACAGAAGAGAGAGUUCUGGGAAAGGCUUCAGAACGCGAUUGAUUACCAUAACCUGAAUGGCCGCGCCUGCAUAAUGAGGAGCAUAUGUGAAGCUAGAAACUAUUUGGCUCCGCCCGGGAAGUCUCUGGUCCACGAUUUACUGAGGGCUAUUUUUACAGCACCAAUUCACGAAGAGGAAUUCACUGAGGAAGUAGCUGAUAUGUACAACGAAAUUUUAGAUCCCGACGUCUGCGAUCAAGUCAUCGAUUGCCCCUUUUCUUUGCUGCAUUUUGUUUUGACUUUGAAUAAAAUGAAAUAUUAGUGUAAAUAGGAAGUCUAUUGGGUUAGAAUUUUUAAAAAAGAAAAGCUUUUAGUUUCUGUAAUAUACGUAUAUUACGCUUAUUCAACAGCCGUGAUAGCCCAAUAGCCGUGAUAGCCCAGUGGAUAUGACCUCUGCCUUCGAUUUGGAGGGCGUAGAUUAGCAUCCAGUCCGGGACAUGCACCUCCAUCUUUUCAGUUAUGUGCAUUAUG